AUUAACCUGGGACUGAUUAAAAUCCACGAAAAAUAAUCUCAUGUGUUUUUGGUCCGUGUGUCGUUCUCUUCCGCCGACGCGACCUCCGGGUCCCCCCGCGCCUCCAACAACACGUGUCUACACUCUAAUGUGCCUCUGGUGCGCAUUACCAAGGAUGCAUAAAGGCGGAGGACAGUACGCGCCCCUGGAUGCGAGCAGCUGAAGUCGCAGCCACUCCACUCCGUGUUUUGCCCUGCCCUUGUGCGUUCAUCUCGCUGUGCAGCGUGUGUCUCUCCUCGGUUUGCAUUUCGCUUUUCCUCGCGCCGACACAAACACAGGGGUCCUCCUGUUCUGUGUGUGUGCGGGAGAAGUUGUUGGCACAGAGAGCACCAGGUAGCCAAGUGUCUUCUUCGGGAACGGAUUUGUUCAAGCCGGGAGCAAUCGGACUCACCGGGUUCCUUUUUUUUCUUUCUUUGAGGGGGAAGAUAUGAAGCUUUUGCGAUGAGGUGGACGUACCAGUGCCUAAAGUGAGGAGUGAUUUUUUUCUGUUUUAAUCAACAUCUGACAUCGCGCCCAGUGGAGAGAUCUUUCAGUCACCCCCUCUGGAUUUCUUUCAUUCUGACGGAUCUCGCAUUUCCAACCUCUCUUGUGAAAAAACAUUACCAAGGAUUUCACUGAUGUAUGCGAUGUGGAGACUGCAAGUCGCCUUAUGCACUCUGUCGUUGCUGUCCCUGUCAUCUGGUGGUGAAAGCAAAGCGCGGAGCUGUAGCGAGGUUAGACAAGCUUAUAACGCUAAAGGAUUCAGCCUCGUCAAUGUACCUCAUCAGGAAAUAUCAGGUGAGCACCUGCGUGUCUGUCCUCAGGGAUACACCUGCUGCACGUCCGAGAUGGAGGACAAACUCAACCAGCAGAGCAAACUGGAGUUCGAGAACUUGGUCGAGGAGAGCAGCCACAAUAUGAGGACGACAUUUGUCUCGAGGCAUAAAAAGUUUGACGAGUUUUUCUUGGAGCUGCUGGACAAUUCUGAGAAGUCUCUAAACAGUAUGUUCACGCGGACAUACGGGAAGCUGUAUAUGCAGAACUCGGAGGUGUUCCAGGACCUGUUCACUGAGCUUAAGCGCUACUACACAGGGGGCAACGUCAACCUGGAAGAGAUGCUGAAUGACUUCUGGUCCAGGCUGCUUGAGCGCAUGUUCCAGUUACUCAACUCCCAGUACCACUUCACAGACGACUACCUGGAGUGCAUCAGUAAAUACACAGAUCAGCUGAAGCCGUUUGGGGAUGUGCCCAGGAAACUCAAGGCUCAGGUCACCAGAGCCUUCAUCGCUGCACGGACUUUUGUCCAGGGGCUAAUGGUGGGUCGGGAGGUUGCCAACAGGGUCGCCAAGGUGAAUGUAGUCCCAGCGUGUGUCAGAGCCCUGACCAAGAUGCUGUACUGCCCAUACUGUCGUGGCAUGCCUGGACUGAAACCCUGUCACAACUACUGCCACAACGUGAUGAGGGGCUGUCUGGCGAACCAAGCAGACCUGGAUCCUGAAUGGAACCUCUUCAUCGAUGCUAUGUUACUGGUGGCAGACAGACUUGAGGGACCCUUCAACAUUGAAGCGGUUAUAGAGCCAAUCGACAUCAAGAUCUCUGAGGCUAUCAUGACCAUGCAGGACAACAGCAUGCAAGUGUCAGCCAAGGUUUUUCAAGGGUGUGGCCAACCAAAGCCAUCAGGAAUAGGAAGGUCUGCACGUGGCAUCUCAGAUGUGUUCAGUGCUCGCUUCAGACCCUACACCCCUGAAGAGAGGCCAACUACUGCAGCUGGAACAAGCCUGGAUAGACUGAGGGUUGUCUGGAGGACAAUGCAACACAGUGUGAUUGACAUCAAAGAGAAGCUGAAGGAGUCCAGGAGGUUCUGGUCCAACCUGCCAGACGACAUCUGUGCCAAGGGCAAGCUCACAGAGUCUGACGAGGAGCAGUGCUGGAACAGCCACACUAAGGGCAGGUAUUUCCCUGAGGUGGUGAAGGAGGGUCUAACCAACCAAGUGAACAACCCAGAGGUGGAUGUGGAUAUCACCAGGCCUGACACGCUGAUUCGGCAGCAGAUCAUGGCUCUACGUGUCAUGACCAACAAGCUAAGGAACGCCUACAAUGGAAAUGACAUCUACUUCCAGGACUCCAGUGAUGAGGGCAGUAGUUCUGGCAGUGGCAGCGGCUGCUCUGACGGCUGCACGACAGAGUUUGUCUUUGUUGGAACAGAGGCUCCAGUAAUCGGAGCUGACAGGAGCGAUGAACGCGCAGCAGCAGCCGCCGCAGGCAAGUCGCUUUCCUGUGGACCCUCCCUACUGCUGGUGAUGGCUGCCCUCUCACUCCCACUUUGGGCAAUGCAGACUCAAUUGAGAUAAUAUACGAGUGUGGCCUGAUCACUGACUUUUAUGCUGUUACAUACAGUAUGUUCAACAGCAAGUUCUACUGCUGUUCCCUCACUGGACAUGUAGAACCUCCUGGAAACCUGUUGAGAAUGGCUUACUGUAUGGUAGGACUGGAAGUGAGUGCAGUGCUGCAUCCUGCUCGUCCCCCAAAGAAUGCUCGGUGCCAUCACUGAACCAGCUUUCACAUCUCUGAAGAAAAAAAAAAAAAAAGAUAAUGUGGUGUUUUCUCAUUAUUCUGAGGUGGAUUUUGAAAAACAUGCUUCUCUUUUAGAAAGUGACACCAUCCUGAGAUGGCUCUGUCAGUGAUUUUUCAGAUAAAGGGGAAUCUAUUUUUCUUUUCCUUUGUAUGAUGAAGUUGUGAAAACGAGACACUCAUCUUAUCCUAUUAGUCUUUUCCCUGUCAGACAAAAGGAGAAAGUCUUACUGUGUGCAUGCGUGGAAAUGAUGUUAACUGACAAAAACAUUUUUUGUUUUUUUGUUUUUAAAUGCAGGCUACACAGUUUUGGAUUGGUUGGUACAGGAUUGUACAGUGCUAGCAGUUCUCCUUGUUUCCCGUUUGGUCAUAUCAGUGCAGCUUCAGGAAGCAGCAGUUCUUACAGCCACUUUAUAGUUGCACAUUUGAUUAUCUCUCAGAAAGUGCAAAUGCACUAAGAGAACUUCUUUGCACAGAUUAUUUUUGUUGGCUUCAUAAGUUUAUAAAGCUACAGGAAACAUCCACCCCAUAGAGAAAGAAGAUCUAUAUUUUCAGAUCAUUUAACUGAUUAUAUUGUACUUAUAAACAGUUACAGUAUGUAUUUCACUGGAAGGUACUGUAAUGUAAUCUUACUGGUUUAGUUAAUGGCUACAUUUUUUAUAAAUGUAUCAUUUGAUUUUACAAGUUAUCUGAUCACCGUAAAAUAAAAAAACAAUUAAGUUUUCGCGAAAACAGUAAGCCAUUAUGCUACAAUUGCCUGCUAACAGUGUUCAGUUACCUGAUUUACAACCUUCUGCUUGGGUAUUUAACAUGCCCAAACAGUUCCUCUUUAUUCCUCAGAGGACUCUGCAUAUAUUAGUAAUAUUAGGUAUAUGCUAAUGAAAUUCUCAUUUAUUUUCUUGCUGUCAUGCUUUAGUUAUUUAUGAUUAUGAUUUAUUUUCUGUUUUUCAUUACUUGUUUAUAUUACAUGUAUGGGAGGUUACAAAUUGUAGUCCUAGACCUCUGAGCUCACAUGCAGCCUUCUGACAGGCUCCACAGUUUUACCUAUUCACAUCUUAUGAAAUCGCCACACCAAAAUUUGCAUGUUCUUGUUUGGCCAAUGAGAACAGAUCCACCAUGCCUACAGGCUACAGGUCGUUUAAGUGGUCAUGUACUUUAAUCAGGACGUGUACAAAGUCAGCAGCUGUAAAAGAAGCAGGGUGCCAAGGUUAGAGGGCUCUGACUGUGCUCUUAGAACUAGUGUUACUAUUCAUAACCUCCAUUUUAUCUCCUACAGGCCUUGACCUAUAACAGGCUCUAGAGGCUUAGGAAGCAAAGCCAAUAGCUUGCAGCCAACCAGUACAACACAAUGACAAUGACCUCUGGUCACACAGAAAAGCCAGGUUCCAGGAAUGUUGCAACCACACUGCUGAAACAAACCAAGGGGCAAAUGUUCACGGUUACAUCAAAGAGGGCCAAACCCAUCAACUCAUAAGCACCUGAAAUGUACCUGACAUACUUUCACAUAGCCAAUAAGCAAGUCUGUUGUCUCAACAGGGACCUCAUCCACAGCCCAUUGCUAUAACAAAUUAACAGCUGCUGUGAGCAUCUCAAAGACACCGUGCGUUUCACAUAGCAUACUAAAGCAAGCAUGGGACCCAAGUUUCCCCUCUCUGUCGCCAGCAUGAGGGCAGAAUGGAAAAAAAAGUAUCAAGCAGUACCCUCCGAGAUCUGAAAAAAUAUCUGAUCUUCUUACACACAAAUGACAGACGGGCAUGAACUUUGGAGCUUCUGCAGUCUCUUCAAAUGAGCAAACAACCGGAGUUGACUGAUAUCUGCAUUUCCAAAGUUUGUGGCAGCAUUAGGGUUGUAUUCACAGAUAGCACCAUAAGGGGAAUUUCUCCUCAGUGGGCUCAUAUGGCUCACAAGAGAGACUCCAAGCACCACAGGAAUCGCACUGCAGAACAGUUGACCUCUGUCACCUCACUCCCUGCAGGAACAGCUUUAGGAGAAGGUGACUGAACAGCAGCCUCCCAGCAAAACCAGCAUGAUAAAAUUAAUUCACUGAUGCGCAAACCUUAAUUGUGGAGUGCGACAGGACUGUGUAGAAACUGAAGCCUGAAGAAAGGCAACACUGAAGUGAUCAACUAGAGAUCCUCCCAUCAUCCAACCAUCCAGUUUAGUAAAACAGUGCAGUCUGGUCCCAGUCUAGUUUAUAUACAUUUUCAAUUUGGCCCUAAAAAUAAAGAAAAACUGAAUGCUGGAAAACCAUAUAAAUUUUGUACUCUUUUUUUCUAAUAUUUACAGAUAUUAGUUGAUGGAAACAUGCAUUAAGUUGUAUUUUCUUCUGCUGACUUUGUGGAAAAUCAGUUAUUUUCCCAACAUUUAAACUUCAUUAGAAAAGGGUAGUAUAAACAUAACCUAACAUCACUAUCAAAAUAUCAGUCAGUAUCAGAGUGGCAACUCAGUCACUGGCGAGGAGGACACCAGGUCAGCAGUAAUAAAAUAAUCCAAAAAAUAUCCUAAAAACACACAGUCCAGGUGGCUAGAAGCAAGUCAAGCAGGUCGUAGGAAGGGAGCAAUGAAAACAGGUACUCAUCAGCAAAGCUGGGCAGCAGGUCACCAGUGGUACACCUCCUCACUUUCUACCUCUAGGUCUAUGUAAUUAGUUAGAGGCAGGAAAGGGCAAGAAGGUGUAGCUGGAGUGGUGCAGGCCGUGCACCACACAUGCACAGGUUAUGUCCACAUACACCGCACCACAGUGAUACUGGAGGAAGAGAAAGAGAGGAGGCCACUGUUGUAUCAAAUUCACCUCAUUGGUCCUGUUGCUUUUUCAGUCACUGCUUGAAAGUUGGAUGCUAGGCUAGAACGCAGUAAGCAUUUUUAAGAUGUGGGUCGAUGAAUACACUCUAAUUGGCCGAAGUACUUGCAAAUUUUAGUGCAUACUGCAGGGGUGACUGAGUAAGCCUGUUUUUUUUUCUAGGUCAAAUCCUGUAUGAGAUAUAACCAGGGGUGCAGUGGAAACUAAACGCAUAAACACAGUUUAACCAUCUUUCAAUGUCUAAAAUAGUGUUUACUCAAUUGUUUAUGCAGACGUUACAUGGGUUACACUCUAUCGCACUUUUCUCUUGGAAAUUUUGGAUUGCUCAUAUGUAAUCUGCCAAUCACUGUAGCUUUACAUGAGCACUAGGAGCCCACCACCCAACUCUGAGUGGGUCAGACUGAUGAGACAGACGGGAUGGACAUCCAGCAGUAACUAUUUAUAACGUGAUGAAUAUUGAAUAAAUAACUAUUAGCAGUCAGGCCUGAUGUGCAGCAACAGUUUUCCUGAUCUGUUAAGAUUUACCCACCCAGGAGUAGUCCUUGAUAGCAGAUAACUGCAGUGAAGGAGGUUUCAUGUAAAAAUCAUGGUCUGCUACAUGGGGCCGUUGGAGCUCAUGAAGCUCAGACUGAUAAUUCAAUUUUAGCUUCAGACGUUUACAGUUCUCACUUGAUACAGAAUGUUCUGACUUUUAGAAUUAAACACAAAUAGGUGUAUUGUCAGCACUUUUAUUUUGAUGUUCAGUGCAGUGUCAUAUUAUUUCCUAAAGCUAGACCCAGUUGUGCAGUAACAGAGUUGCAUUCAGAUGAUCUUUGUGCUUUGGUGAUUCUAUAAUUGGUAAAUGAAAUAAAUAUACAGUAUACAACAGGAAGAGAAAAGAGUCGAUUAGGGGUGCAAGAAAGUGUGUUAUACAUCGCUGAAGUCAAACAGCCAUAGAAAUUCAGUUUUCGAGUAUUAAAAAACAUUGUGGAGGCAGAUAUUUCUGAGUCAGGGUCGGAAGUGAGGCGGAACAAUCAGUACAGAGUGUGUUCGAUAAUAGGGCAGGAAGUUGGCCGUGUGGCUUCAGAUACUGGCGUUGUUUAAGCUUUGGCACUGCUGCCUCCUCAGUGAAGCAUAAUGACUAAGUUUGUGUAAAAGUAUAAAAACUCAGUAAGCAUCUGCAGCCAUACAAAGGUCGAAUGCACCCGAAAGAGGUUCUACGAGAUCUGUGAUUACAACAAGAGUUCUGGAUGAGUAAGGAUUAGGGAGGUCUUACUGGUGUUCCUGAAAUACAGUACAGAAAGUGAAUUAAGAAAAGACUCUCAGAAGAAGGGUCCAAUUUUUCCAAAGAGCUUGUAUGGUUACAAACAACAGUCUCUCAUUACGACAAGAGGUAUGUUAGCCAUUUUCCACUGCCUUGUGUAUUCCUCUCUUUCUCCUAACAAGCUAUGUUACCCUGGUCAGACAUGCAGUUCAAUGUCUGAGAUGCUUCAGUGCUUAACUUAAUUUGUUUGUGAGCCUUUUUGUUUUUUCUUUUUUUGUCUCAUUCAUUCUCUAGCAUUUGAAAAACUGAAAAAAGAGUAAAAUUGUGGCUGGCUGGGGUUUUUUACAGAAUGUUUAGAACAAAAUGUGUUAUGCAAGGUCUUCUCCAUUUUGAUGUUAAUCGUUUGCUGCACUUUUGCUAAAACAUAUGCUGUGAGUGUGGUACUGUUGUGAUUUGCAAAAUCAGAUAACUAAGGAGCACAUUAAGAUUUUUUGGAGCUGUCAGUGCACGCUGUUUAAAGUGUUUGGGGGGAACUGAAGUUGAUGGUUAUACAAGCAGACAUGCCUUACCAUUUUUUAAAAGACUAAAAUGGAUUGCUUAUUUGGCUUUUGUUACACAUUCUUGUAUACAGAAGAUAAUACAAAGGUAAUAAUAAACGUUUUAUUAAAAAAUAA